GUUCCAAGAGAAUACGAAAUGAGCCGCAGACACGGAAACUUUUCUUUGGCGACGAGUUAUUAAAAAAUUCUUCUUUAACCAUUAUAGGCUAUGGAUGCCUUUGACACUAGAUAUUUUCGUAUUAACAAGCUAUUGCUAUCACAUGUCGGCUUAUGGCCGCAUAAAUCGUCGUCUAACAAGAACAUAAUUCUCUAUUGUACAAUAGUUGGUAUAUUGACUUUAGCGUUGCCGCAGAUCGCAUAUUUGUUCAAACAUGCGACAAGUGUGAACGACUUUUACGAUGUGCUACCACCUCUUAGUGGCGCAUGUAUAUGUCUCAUGAAAUUGAUUAGUUUGUUUCAUAACUUUAACAAAUUUAGAACGCUUAUUCAACAUGUGCAAUACGACUGGCGUCUAUUAGAGAAUCACGAGAAUUUCCGAAUUCUAAUGGAAUACCUCGAGAGGAGUCGAAUGUUCACAAUGUCCUAUUUAAUUUUUAUCAGCACGACAGCGACUAGUUAUAUCACAGCACCGCUUACGGUACCGAUGCUCGAUAUUAUUCUGGCGACGAACGUGACGAGACCAAAAAAACUGCCGCAUUCGGGCGAAUUCUUCGUGGAUCUAGAAAAGUAUUAUUAUAUUCUCUUCGCGAUCACGUGCCUAGGAUAUUAUGUAUCCUGCACGUCGGUGAUCGCGAUCGAUACUAUUUAUUUUGCAUUAUUGCAACAUAGCUGUGGUAUGUUGGCCGUAUUAAGUCAUCGUUUGGAAAAUUGCAUUAUAAACAAUAAAUCGAAUCGCGUUGAUUGUAAUGGCAUAUCUAAGUGGGAUAAAGACGUUGAAAAUAUAAUACAAUGCAUACAGCUACAAGUCAGAAUAGAAAGAUUGAUCCAAUUAAUUGAGUCAACGUUUGCAACGUGUCUUAUUAUCGAUAUAGGUUUAGGAAUUAUAUAUCAAUGUACCGCGUGCGUGAUGAUCGUAACUCAUACGAAUACUAUGGAGAUAAUGAGAUACGGUCAACUUUUGCUCCUUCAAAAUUCUCGAUUUUUUUUAAAUAGCUGGAUAGGACAGGAAAUAAUAGAUCACAGUUCUCAGAUUCCUAUCGCAGCAUAUAAUGGAAUGUGGUACCAAACAUCCCUGAAAGUAAAGAAAAUUUUUUUGUUUCUACUAAUGAAAUCUCAAAAGCCGUAUCGCAUAACUAUGGCCAAAUUAUAUGUAAUCAGUUUGGAAGGUUACACUAUGCUCAUGAAAACAUCUGUCUCCUAUAUUACGUUAAUGGUAUCAUUAAAUUCGGAUGACAUAUAAUCGUCUACCAUCUGGA